ACGCAUGGAGCCUCCAUCACCCCCUGUCUCUUUUACGCACCGAGUCCGAUAAUGCGCGCAGGUACAGAGACCCUAAUCGCCACAUUUCCAGCCGCCACACUGACAAAUUAAUUUUCUCUUAUGGACUAAUAUGAAAGAAGUGGAUGCAGAGGUCUGACACAGCCAAGAAAGGAGGCACAUUUCUUGUGGAUCAUUCUUGUUUUCCAUCACCGAGCGCCAGCAUGGAUGUCUUAGCGAACCACAGUAUCUUUCAGGAACUUCAGCUUGUUCACGACACCGGCUACUUCUCUGCCAUGCCUUCGCUGGAGGAAAACUGGCAGCAGACCUGCCUAGAAUUGGAGCGCUAUCUGCAGACAGAGCCCAAGCGUCUGUCAGAGCUCUUCGACCAAGACCUGGAUGGCCUCCUAACUCCGGCCUACCUGAAGGAGGACGGUGAGGAAGAGCUGACGGACGCCCUGCUCCCCAGCCUACCCAGCCUCCCUGAGCCCCCGAGCCCUCCUCCAGUCCUCCUCUGCCCAACACGGAAGAAUUUUCCCUCCACUGGUGCAAUGAAAAGAGACCUCAAACCUAAGGGCCAGGGGCUGGAAAGCGCAGAGGGCAUGGAAGGGGUACACCAGGCCCAGCUGAGCGCCGUCACCUCCCUGACGCCACCGUCGUCGCCAGAGCUGGGCAGGCACCUCGUCAAACCCAACCAGACGCUGACAGCCUCAGCUGAUGGGACACUUACCCUGAAGCUGGUGGCCAGGAAGGUGGGGCUUAGCGCGGCCCGGCUGGUGGCGGCGCACGCACUCCCUGUUCGAAUGAGGGACGAAGAAGAGGGGGCGACUUGUGUUAUCGGGGUGGGGGAGCUACCAGAGAACAAGAAGAGGAUCCACCGUUGUCAAUUCAACGGCUGCAGGAAGGUGUACACCAAGAGCUCCCACCUAAAGGCCCAUCAGAGGACACAUACAGGUGAGAAGCCGUAUAAGUGCUCGUGGGAGGGCUGCGAGUGGCGAUUUGCCCGGAGCGACGAGCUGACGAGGCACUACCGCAAACACACCGGCGCCAAGCCUUUUAAGUGCAACCACUGUGACAGGUGUUUCUCACGGUCAGAUCACUUGGCGCUACACAUGAAGAGGCACAUCUGAGGAAUUUGAGAGAGGUCAGCGGGAGUGGAAGAGAGGGGAAGGGGAUGGAGACGGAGUGGAAGAAGGAGAGGGAGCAUCAUCUGCAGAGAAAUAACACCAUGGAUGUUAGAGAGAGACGGCAGGAUGGACUCAAAAAACACCACAUUUGGCCAUUCUGGACUGGAGGGAGAAGCACCACACAGGGACGCUGACUACAGACAGUAACACAGACAGGCAGACAGACGGAUCCUAAGUAGCUCUGUCAAUCUGUGCUCAACCAGUUGGUCCAUGAUUCCACAGUGACACGUUGUCACCUCACAAAUGUCUCCCGGUGUUGUCGCGUGGACGAUACAGACGCUCCAUCCCACCCUCCGUAUGUGUCUCAGAGGGGAUGUCACACGAUGAAUGGUGGACCACGUGCCUGUAGUUGGCAGCUCUUUGUUGUAGUCGUCCUUGCAGUCUUUGCAAUCGUCCCUCGGUGAAACGCUCCCGAAAUGUCAGCCCUGUUCAUGCAGCAGUGCACCAGCGGGCUCACCAACGCCAAACUGGACCAGUUGUACAGUCAUUUCAGUGCGCUAACAGCAGAACUGCUGUUUGUAUAUUCAAGAUUUCCUCCUGUUAGAACGUACCUUGAGCUGAGGAGAAUAGUGAAUUUCCAGCAGUAGCUAAACAGCAUCAUCUCACAGGGUAAGCGAGCAAGAAAGCUGGCUUUCUCCCCCUCAAACCUGCCACAGCCUUUACAAAUCGCCAAAGGGUUUAUUAUCUUAUAUAUAGGACAGAUAAUAAUUUGUCAGUUUUUCAUCUGACCUCUGUCACAUCUGCCAACUGGAUCCAUUUAUAAAUCCUUCUGGUUCGAUGGCAUUGGAGCACUUGUUUGAACGGAGCAUUAGAUUGGAUUUCUCAAAGACUUGAGGAUGGGAGUGUGUUGCACUGAUGUGCUUCAAAGACUGAUUGAGGUCAUCCAGAGGACUGGCUUGCUUUAUGAACACCAUCCAUUGAGGGUUACCACUGGAUGAGGCUAACUAAUCUACUCUGGGAAAGACUGUUCAUCUCCUAGAAUGUCAUCUGAAAUCGAGCGUCUCUAGAGAUGCUAAAUGGCUCCUGAGAGUGUUUUCCCUCUCCAGGAUAUCGGCUCUUACGAGUUGUUGUCAGGAACUGUUGCACAAUUGACUCAAACUUUUUGUAAAAAAAAAAAAAAUGCCCCCACAGUCUUGAACUGGGAGACAAUUCGGGAAUCACCAAACGCUGGCUUCCACGUGCUGUCGAAGUGCGGACAGCCACAUGCACAAGUUGAAGCAGCUAGCUGACUGCGAUAGCACACCGAACACAAACAAGAUCACUAUGUAUGAUAAAGGUUAUAUUGUUUCUAAGAAAAGAUUCUCCUAUUUGUUCAAAACAGACAAUUGAAAAGACCAUUUUGAAGAAGACAUUGGAAAUGGAUGCAGCCAAAAAAAAAGUGUCUAUUGUGGAUGCCUGAAAUGAUCUCUUUGGCCUUUGAGAGUGAUUGGCACCCAACAAGUCACUGGGUUGAGGAGGGUUUUUUUGUCUUGCUUGCACCACCCAUGCAGAACUCUUCUAAUUUAGCAGCUCGCAGACUCCAUCACAGAGAAAAGCAGCAUUCAACAGCUCUCCUAAUCGGGCCCUAUGCAUAUCUAAGAACAUUCCUGCUGACUUCCUGACCAUACGUAUGUCUGAAUGCAUAUUGCUGGACACGGAAGGACUUGUAGGAAGACACAAAUUCAAUCAAUUGGGUGGCUCUACUCAGAGCAAAUCAAUGUGAAUGUAUCUGUUGUAAGUCUGUACAUGUUCCUGGGCCCAUGAUAACACUUGUGUGUGGUUGGUAAGAUCAUACCAGACACCAUUUGUGUUUUGACGGUAGUUUCUCUUUUUCACAUUAGGAGUGACUUGGAAUAACUAGCUAGUCACGGCUGGUAGCUUUUGACAUUUUACUGGCCAUACUGGACCAGCAGGGAGGUCAUGAGUGCAGAUUUCAGUGGGUGGCUGAAAUGGGUUAGGGGAGGAACAUAUCUGCUCAGUCAGCAAAUGAUAACUGCCCCAUCAGCUCAUGAAACUGCAGUGAAGUGAAACCCACACACGAGACACAUACAUACUCUCCUAGAAAACUGGAAUUAACAUUUGUCCUUGGUGAUCUGACUUCUGUCCGACAGAACAAAGAGGCAUAAAAUCUAGCAUUUGCUCUGUCUUUAAUCCACAAAUAAAAUGAAUUUUGGGAUGAUCAUCGACUCAACUCAAGCGCACACAAAUCAAACAGGCAGCUUGGACGAAAGUAGAUUGUCAGGAUUCUUACGAACGUGAUUGGGAACAACUAUGUCAAGGUGUUUAUUCUUUAUUUUACAAGACUUUUAAUACUUUUGAGGCACACAGCAGUCUGAUUUUUGGCAAGAGAGGCAGUAAAUUGAUUUCACUCUGUAUACCAGAGGCGCAUUUCAAUUUCGGGGUAUAAACACAGCCCAGCUCAAUCAUAUCUAGACAUGAUCUGUCUGCGGCUCUGGAAGUAGAAGCUCCUGCCUCGCAUAAAUAUUGAACUCUUUCUGUCUAAACGUGCAAACAAGCCCAGCUCCCUUUUAUAUUGAACAUCCAGGUGACAGGCCUUCACUUGCAAAGACAGGAGGGAGUGACCGAAAUAGAAACCAACUGGUACAAGUUUAAACUGCUGGUUUAUUUUCCAAGGAGACCAAAAAUUCUCACUGGCCAUCCAGGUUGCAGCUACAACACUAUAAAUGCUACCAUUCUUUGUGUUUGUUGGCAUUAAUGAAAGUCAUAGAUACUGACUGAAAAAUUGAGAUUUGGUUUGCAGAGAUAGAGCUGUUCCGAUACCGAUACCAGUAUCAGAAAAGCCUCCGAUACUCUUUAAAUGCCCGAUCAGAUAUUGGCAAGUACUCAAGUCUAUGUAUCAAUCCAAUACCACAUAAUUUAGUAAUAAACUCAAAAACUCCUGAGGACAUUGAUAUUCUUAGAAUAUCUCCAGAAGCCUGCAGUCUAGAAACUAACUUUAAAAGUUUGCCACUUAGUCACCAUUGUAGCUUUCUUUGAGAUGCACUGUAAUCCAGCAUGGAACAGCAAAUUUACAAAACUAAAUGAAUGUCUUUUCUGAUGAUUUAUCCAUUUAUCGCAAUGAAAUAGCAUUACAUUCAUCCCAUCUUUGUGUCAGUAGAUCUGUGCUCACAGUCAGUCAUCGGUUCUCACUCCCAACUUGUCAAAUACUGUUGCUUAAUCAGUGGUCAGACACGCACGAUACACCUAGACAUCCUUUGCAGCGGUAUGCUAUGCAGGGUCUCAGGAGGUUAAGCUAAAACAUGAUGUAUUUUUAAACCUAACCACAUACUUUUGUUGCCUAAACUUAAGGAUCUAAAUCUAAAAGGAAGUGUUUACCUACGUUGUAAGUUCAUAUUGAAAAUGACUUUAUGUAAUGAGCAAAACUGUGCAUUUCCUGUUAGUGGAAAGUGUAUUUUAUCAAGACACAAAAUUGACAUACCGUUAUGGAGGGUCCAUAAGUGAUGCAAGAGGGGACCUAGCGCGUCAUAUUUUGAGGUGUAGGUCCACUGACAAAGCGGCCAGAGUUGGGAUGAGAACAGAUUUUAUUUGGCUUUUUCACACUGAAAUAGGUUAGUAGUAUAUAGCAGCCGAUACUCAAGUAUCAGGUAUCGGAACAAGUACUGGGAAUGGGUGGAUGGUAUCGGAACAGCUCUAUCUAGAAGAUGUAAAAAUAUCCGGUUCAGAUGGGAAUAUCAGAGCAGGUUUGUGGUUUUUCUGCUCAGCAGAAAGUGGAAGAUGAAAUGAAGAAUAGCAGUUUAACCAGUGGGUUAAAAUUGUAUCACCAAUGGCAGCUCUACUUGUGUGUUUCAGUAUUUUAACAGGGCACUCUCCUGUUGAACUGACUGGUUGCGAAUGUGUGGGAAUGUCGAGAGUGUUUUUUUGUUGUUGUUCAUGUUCUGUACCAAUCAUAGAAAGCUGAGGAUUUUGGACUGAAACACUUAAUGUGUUGUUUUUCAUGUUCAUUGAGACUUUAAGGAGCCAAGACAUGGAAGUACUCAAAUUACAAGACAAUUUAAAAAAAAAAAUUGGACUUUCUCAAGCUCAAAGAUUUCAAAUGUGAAUGUGUUUUCUGGAAAAGGUUGUUCCAUGUCGUCUCAGAGGAUGCGGUUCAGUUCUGUGUCAUCUUAAUGAAUGAUUGUCAAUUCUGCUGUGCCUGUGUGUUCUUCGUCUGUUUGUAUUUGCACUCUGAAUUUUUUGAGGAAAAAUCACUUGCAUAUCUGAUGUUUUCUGUCCGCUUGUACACUACACUUUCACACGAUGACCCCCGGUUGAUGAAACACUGAUCACAAAGUCUGUAUAGUAGCUGUUUUUUUAGCACAAAUGUACACACUCAUGCCUACAUGUGACAUGGAUUUGCACACAUUGCAGACAUACAAAAACACAAAUGCAUGCAGACACUCCCUGAACCCGCAAUCAUACGAAAACAUACAUGCACAAGCACAUCCUGAAUCACACAAACACCUUCUCACAAAUACACACACUCUCUCUCCGUUCUCCUUGUGUGUUUUUCACCGUUUUUCAUGCCACCUUGUGAGAGUCAGAGAUCCAGACUGCAGCUCUUGCUCUCGGCAGAGGGUGGAGGGGGGGGAGCACGCAUUACUAUGUGUGGCACCACCUCUGUUUCCACCAGGUCUGAAUUUCAAAUCAAACGAACCCCCUUUUUCUACCAGCAUUCCCUCAUCGCCUCCACCCUCCUCCCUCUUCCAUUUUCUCAGAUAUGAUCCCUUUCAACUCUUCUCCUCUGUCCGACUCCCCCUUCCCCUUUCCCUCCACCUCCCCUCCCUCGCCCCCUUCUCCACCUUUUUCCUCUGUUGUCUUUCUCCUUUUUUUUCUCUGUACAAAGUGUUUCAAAUUUAUCAUUUGUAUAUUAUGAUGUAUGGGUACGAUAAUGUUCUUUAUUAUGGAAAAAUGAGAAAGAUUUAUUUUUGUUACUGGUUUGUUUCAUAAUUCCUUUUUUAAAUUGGUAUUGUAAUAUCUCUAUGCAAGGAACUGUUCGGUGAAUCGUUUUUAUUUAAGAAUGUAAUUAUGUGUAAUAAAUG